AUGGAUUUUAAACUUCUAGCUAAAAUAGGAGGUACUUUAGCAGUACUAACAAUUGCAUCAACAUGUAUAGCUUCAGUAAUCCUUUACCUAUCAAUGAUAUCCUCUGUUUUCAGAUAUAUCUCGAUUUCAGUUUGUUUCAUUCUUGCUAUUAUUUUAGGCAUCCUCGUUUGGCGUGGAACAGAUUCAACACCAAAAUAUGCUUACAUCUUUUCAGCGUUUAUGAAUGUACUCAUUGGUUUAAUUUGGUUUUGGAUCAAAAACUCAUUCCAUACAAAUAGCUCAUAUUUAAGUAAGGUUACCAUGUACUACCUGUUCUUUGUUGCAUAUUUAUCUGCUAUUGCUUGCUUCUGGAACUUGAUUACAAGAAAGAUAUUCGCUGCAGAAUUAGUUAAGAAGGAUAUCAACGUCAAACAAGAAACACUUCUCUACGUAGUACUCGUUUGCCUUUAUGCUAUACUUAUUGCAUGCCUUGCAGGUAUUUCAAGCAAAGAUAACACUUACAUUGCAAGUAUCGCAAAGUAUUCCCUUCUCAACUCCAUUUACGCUUGGUUUGCCUCAGGAAUUUUAUCAGUUUUAUUUGCAAUUUUGUUAAUCAGAGAACCAAAGUCAACUAAAGGUUACGACUCAAUGGUUGCUCCUAUUUCCAAUGAUGCCGACUUCAAAUCUGUUACAUAA